CUGUCUACUGAGAUAGAGAGGGCGUCUGUGCAAUUUAACUCCCACGUAGUUCAAACAUGUCUUCAGUGGGACUGGAGAUACUUGGGGUGACUCUGUCUGUCCUGGGAUGGAUCUCAGCCAUCGUAUCUUGCGCCUUGCCCAUGUGGAGAGUCUCAGCUUUCAUUGGGGUGAACAUAGUCACAGCCCAGAUCACCUGGGAGGGCAUUUGGAUGAACUGCGUGGUCCAGAGCACAGGUCAGAUGCAGUGUAAAAUCCACGACUCCAUGUUGGCUCUAAGCGCCGACCUUCAGGCAGCCCGUGCCCUCACUAUCAUCUCCAUCGUGGUGGGCAUUGUGGGAGUCCUGGUGGCCAUUAUGGGGGCGAAGUGCACCAACUGUGUGGACAACGAGACAGCUAAGGCGCGGGUGAUGAUAGCUGCUGGGGUGGCCUUCAUCUUUGCUUCUCUGUCCCAGCUGAUCCCUGUGUCAUGGUCUGCCCAUACUAUCAUCAUGGAGUUCUACAAUCCGCUCAUACCUGAGGCACAAAAGAGAGAGAUGGGUGCAGCUCUGUACCUGGGCUGGGCUGCAGCCGCAUUUCUGCUAAUCGGAGGGGGCAUCCUCUGCUCCAGUUGCCCCCCACAACCUGAGAAAAGGUACGGGCCUCCGUCAAAGACAAUGUACUCACAAACCAGGUCAAUCGCCCCAAGUGGCUACAAUAGGAGAAACUAUGUCUGAACUCGCACCUGCUGCUUUCUCACACCACCUGCCAUCUUGGAAAAGACUGCUCAAAGAGAACUGGAGAGGACAGUCACGUUUUAAUAGCUUAUACGAAUGGGUAGUCGUGUUGAGAUGGAGAAAAAGCUGAUAUUCAUGCCACUAUAUAUGACCUUUUGAACAAAGACUAUAUCAAACUUGUUUUCCUUUGUUAAUUUUGUUUUUGUGCAACUUUGUCACUGUUGGGAGGCUAACAACUGUGCAUUGGUGCUGUGGUGUGCACUUCAUCUUAUACUUUAUAAAAUGAAUUGUAUACUUUAUUACCCAAAUUUAAAGAACAGGUGAUUCUGCGAUUGUACUUUUUUUUCUGUGUUGACUGUGUAUGUGUGACACAAAGAACCUUCAGGUUUGAUUAAGAGGUUUGAGGUGGUGCAUCAUGUGAAACCACAUAAUGCAUUUUUUUUUAUCUAUACAUUUUGCAAAUCAGCUCAUCUGAAAUUUUGUAAUGAUUGACAU